UCCCCAAAGGCACGAAUGGACAAUCAGGUCAUUGGAUAUAAAGACUUGGCUGCCAUUCCCAAAGACAAAGCCAUUCUUGAGGUGGAACGGCCAGAUCUGAUGGUGUACGAGCCGCAUUUCAAUAUCUCAGCCCUGGAUUGUAUAGGUCUUUCCAGAAGCAGAGAGAGAUCAAUGUCACCUCAUUCUGUCUCGCCUCCUCCUUCCCCUGAGGUGAGCCAUCAAGCCUCUGUUGAUCAGAUAUUUGCCUCAAAAGAGUCAAAGGAGUGUUCAGAGCAGGGGUCGCCAGGAGGCUCCAACAUGGACUCCACAGUGCAGCUCCGCAAAAUCAGCCCCGCCUCCAAAGGCUCCAUGCAGCACUUCCACAGGCCGGACAGUGGCACCAACAUCUAUAAGAAGCCACCAAUUUACAAACACGACGGACAGACGGGAACGUCUCAUAGUAAACAUGAUGUGAUCAUUGAGUCCUCCAAGUUCCCAGCAGCCCAGCCGCCUGAUCCCAACCAACCUUCAAAGAUAGAGACCGAGUACUGGCCCUGUCCCCCCUCUCUAGCCACUAUGGAGAUCGAGUGGCGGAAGAAGGCAGCCGAACAGGGAAAAGCGAUCGAGGACGAUGAGUUUGAGGACCUGACAGAAGAUGCGAAGAGACUCCAGGAACAGGAACUUCAGAAGAUACAGUCCAACUUGGGCAAAUUGAUCCUGAAGGAGGAAAUUGAGAAAUCAGUGCUCAUUCGCAGAAAAACACGUUCCCUGCCAGAUGGGACAAACAUACAUUUGGGAUCAUCAGCCAGUGCUACUAAAUCCACCUCUUUACCUCCUUGCAGUCAAACAGGUCUCACAAGGCUCCAGUCUGCAGACUUCACCUCCACAGACAAUGAAAAAGCAAAAACAGGUGUACAGGUAAAAUGGCUUUGUUUAUUCGAUUUCACAAGCAUGGCUGUUGAGUUUUCUAAUAUGCCAGCAGCAGCUAAUAAGCUCUGACAUAGAAACCACAU